AUGAGAAAGGACAGAUUUAUCAGCGACGAAGACACCGAAAUUGAUAAACGAGAUAUCGUAAUCAGUGACUUUAUCAAUUUAUUGAAUGACAUCGAAAGCAUUAGUAAACAAUGCCAUUUAUUAAAUGGGGGAACGCGUUUAACGUUCGGGAACAACCCCCUAAAAUGCUUCAAUUUAGUCAUCUUGAAGCAUAUAGAAGUUAUUGAAGAGUUGUAUGAAAAUAUAAAAGCAUUUAAAAAGAAUAAUAGCAUUAUUCUUUCAGAAUUAAAGGAUGAAGAAGAAAGAAAAGAAAGAGAGAGAAGACUCGAUGCCGCCGAGAAGAAGAAAGAAGAGUCAAAGCCAGAGAGGAGAAAAACUAGAGAACUCUAA